GGACGCGGGGUCCGGCCAUGCCGCCCAGCUCGCGCCGCGCGCCGGGGUUCAGCCUCCUGCUCCUCCCGCUGCUCCUGCUGCUCCCGGGCGCGCCGGGGGUCCGCGCAGAGAGGCGGUGGGAGGGCGCCGACGAGGCGGGCUCGGCCUGGGGCUGGCUCGGCCUCCAGCGCCUGCGGGAGCGGCUGAGUGUGGCCGGUGCCCUCUCCAGGCGGUACUGGGCGCUCGUGGGCUGCCAGGUGUGGCCGGAAGACUGUGAGGAGGAUGGCGAGGCUGCGGCGGGCCGCCUGGGCCAGACCCUUAUCCAGUUGGGCCGGAGGUCCCUGGAUACCCUGACCACGUGGUACUGCAGCUUCCAGGACUGCUGCAAUGGUGGCGACUGCAGGAUCUCCAACGACUUUUCAGGCUUGGAUUCAGACCUGAGCGUGCGACUGCACGGCCAGCAUCUGGCCCGAGAGCUGGUCUUAAGAACAGUGAGAGGCUACUUGGAGAUGCCCCAGCCACACAAGGCCCUGGCACUCUCAUUCCAUGGCUGGUCUGGCACGGGCAAGAACUUCGUGGCGCGGAUGGUGGCGGAGAACCUGUAUCGGGACGGGCUGAAGAGUGACUGUGUCAAGAUGUUCAUUGCCACAUUGCAUUUCCCACACGCGCAGUACGUGGACGAGUACAAGGAGCGGCUGACGGACCAAAUCCAGGGGACGGAGCAGCGCUGCCACCAGAGCCUGUUCAUCUUUGACGAGGCUGAGAAGCUGCACCCGGAGCUGCUGGAGCUCCUUGGACCACACUUGGAACGCCAGGCUCCUGAGGGCCACCUCUCUGAGUCUCCAAGAACCAUCUUCCUCUUCCUCAGUAACCUUGGAGGCAAUGUCAUCAACGAGGUGGUUCUGAAUUUGCUUAAGGCUGGACAGGCCCGGGAAGAGAUUACAAUGGGACACUUGGAGCCCCACCUCCAGGCUGAAAUUACCAAGUCCAUAGAGAGUGGCUUGGGCCGCAGCCGUCUUGUGCAGGAAAACCUGAUUGACUUCUUUGUCCCUUUCCUGCCCCUGGAGUACCGUCACGUGAGGCUGUGUGCACGGGACGCUUUCCAGAGCCAGGAGCUCCUGUACACAGAAGAGAACCUGGAUGAAGUUGCCAAGAUGAUGACGUAUGUUCCCAGGGAGGAGCAACUCUUUUCUUCCCAGGGAUGCAAAUCUAUUUCCCAGAGAAUUAGCUACUUCCUGCCUUGAAGGCUCAAUGAAGACUUCUGAAGAUGCCUUGCUCCACUAACAAAACUCUGGGACCUGCCAGGUCACUAGCUGGCAUCCAGCAAAGGCUAACGCACAACUAGGGUACAAAAGGAAAGGCUUACAUCCGAAGCAGAGUCAGCUCUUAAUGUCGUUUGGUGCCUUAAAGACCCACUCCAAAACGUGGGCCUGGAAGCUGGAACAGCCAGAGGAAGAUGGGCAGAUUCCAAGGGCAUGCUCAGCCCUAUGAUGGUCUCGUCAGCACUGGAGCUCUUACGGGCAGAUGGCUGGCUUGGGUUUUGAGCCCCGGAGGCUGCAAGAUUCUUGGUUUAGAGAAGAGAGGCGAAAGUAGUUCUGUGGCCUGCUGGAGGGGAGUAUAAUGAGUUUGCAAGCUAAGUGGGCUGCUUCUCAAGUUACUACCCUCAGAAAGCUGAGCAGCUUCUGUUUGUGAGCGGAUCAGCAGUUAUUAGGCUAAAGGGAAAAGUGCACAGAGGAAGAUACUUUAAAGACAUGUGUUGUUCUGGUCUGCAGAUUGAAAAAAAUAUUUUUAAAUUAGGGGCCUUGACAUACGUGAUUAUGUCAUACGAAAAAAUUAAAAUUUUGUUUUUUUAAAAA